UGUGUGUGUGUGUGUGUGUGAGAGAGAGAGAGAGAGAGAGGGAGAGAGAGAGAGAGAGAGCAACAAUAUAUUACACUUCAACGUCCAACAGAGAGUUGAAACAAAACUCAGUACCGCAGAACACAGAAGCAGAAGGGAAGAUCCGGGAGAAAGAGAGAAAUGGGUUCGUCAACAUUAUCAUCCAUCCCCUUGAUAGAUUUGAGCAAGAGCAUGGUGCCUGGGACGGAGGCAUGGCGGAGGACGUGUGAGAAGAUGAGAGAGGCAGGGGAGAGGCUCGGUUGCUUCAUGGUGGCGGGGUACGACAUGCCGGCGGGAUUGGUGGAGGACGCCUUCGGAGCUGCCAGGCAGCUCUUCGACCUCCCCACUGAGACCAAGAGGAGGAACACCUCCCACAAGCCAUACUGCGGGUACGAGGGAAGGACAGAGGUCAUUCCCCUGUUCGAGAGCCUGGGAAUUGAGGACGUCGACCAACCCGAGGCUGCUCUCCGCUUCACCAACCUCAUGUGGCCUGAAGGCAACCAGAGCUUCUGUAAGGUUAUCAACCGCUUCGGCCAAGAGCUGUUGACAUUGGGGAACUUGAUUCAGAGAAUGAUUUUGGAGAGCUACGGACUGGAGGCGCUCGUUAGAUCACAUAUUGAUGAGAGUCAUUGUAUAAUGCGCUUAAUGAACUAUGAAGCAGCAGCGGCAGAUGGCUCCAAUAGUAGCCCCGCCGUCGGCCUCUGCAACCAUACGGACAAGAACUGGCUUACGGUAUUGUGUCAACAGGGGGUUGAGGGUCUUCAGGUGGAGUCCAAGCAACGCGGAGAUUGGGCUCAUGUUCCGUUCAUUCCAUCGACGUUCGUAGUGAUUAUUGGUGACUCUCUGAUGGCAUGGAGCAAUGGCAGGCUUCACUCUCCCACACAUCGAGUCAUGGUGUUUGACAAGGAAAGGUUUUCCAUUGGAUUAUUUUCCACCCCGAAGGACGGGGCGAUCAUCAAGGUACCAGAGCAGCUUGUCGAUGAUGGACAUGCCUUGCUCUUCAACCCAUUCAACUUCUCGGAUUUCCUGUACUACUUCAGCACCACAGGCGUUAAACUUUCAGAGUCAGCUAUCCACGUGUUUGCUGGGUCACACGACUAGAAGAUCAUGCGAUGGUUGGAGUUUGCGGUGCCUUUCUCUUGAGAUAUGAACGACAUGCAUACAAAUAUAUAUAGCACAUAUUAGUGGAAAAUAAGCGUUUGAGUACAAAGAUAUUGUACAUUAAAUUAAUAAAGGGUGCUUUACGCUCCCAAAAACAUUUGGACUGUUCUUCGACUUCGAAGUUCUAAGAGCAUGUUUUGGUCUGUUUGAUUGGUAAGUAAGCUAGAUCGUAUGUCAGAGUACCCUCACGGUAAAGAAAUGGAAACCAAUAAGUUACUUAACCUUCUUUCCUUUCUAUGGGACAGUCCAGUCCACGCAAGUGUGCGUGUAUGUGUAUGUGUGAGAAAGAGAGCGAGUCUAUAAUCUUUAAGAGAA